CAAAUAUAUGGAGUGUAUGAUGCACGGGGGCUGGCGCUCAGACUCCUUCCUGCCUUAGCAGCUACCCCCAUCAGCCAGAGCUGACGCGAGCCUUGUUGCACAUCAUACAUCCAGACCGAGUGGAUCUGCAUCAAACACUGUGAACUACCCGCUUUGAACUCGAAUGGUAGGACGCCGCUGAUUACGGAUCUAGUAAAGAACAUUAUCAGCAGGUUUUGCUUUUUUUAACCACAGCUUCACCUCCAAAGGGACAAUGGGGAAACAGAACAGCAAACUUGCCCCUGAGGUCAUGGAAGAUCUGGUGAAGAACACAGAAUUUAAUGAACACGAACUCAAACAAUGGUACAAAGGAUUUCUUAAAGACUGUCCUAGUGGCAGACUGAACCUGGAUGAAUUCCAGCAACUGUAUGUAAAGUUUUUCCCGUAUGGAGAUGCAUCCAAAUUUGCUCAGCAUGCCUUCAGAACCUUUGAUAAAAACGGUGAUGGGACGAUCGACUUCAGAGAGUUUAUCUGUGCGCUCUCUAUUACUUCAAGAGGCAGCUUUGAACAGAAGCUAAAUUGGGCUUUCAACAUGUAUGACUUAGAUGGUGACGGUAAAAUUACAAGAGUUGAAAUGUUGGAGAUCAUAGAGGCUAUAUAUAAAAUGGUCGGAACUGUCAUAAUGAUGAAAAUGAAUGAAGAUGGUUUGACGCCCGAGCAGCGUGUUGACAAGAUUUUCAGUAAGAUGGAUAAGAACAAUGAUGACCAGAUUACAUUGGAUGAAUUCAAAGAAGCAGCAAAGAGCGAUCCUUCAAUUGUGUUACUCCUGCAAUGUGACAUUCAGAAAUGAGCCGUCAUUAAUGCAUAUAAUGGACUGCACAAAAUUCAGAUGUUUCAUUCAGUUUGCAGCUACAUCGACACACACAGAGACAAACACAGACACAGACACAGACACACACACACACACACAAAAACAAAGUGCUUGGACUACCUUUAAAUGGACUUGCUUCUUGUGUUGAAACACUUGUGUGCAUGAGAAUGUCAUAUGCAAAAAAAAGGUUUAAAUUAAUAUGAAAACUGCCAAAAGUGAAGUGUGCGCAAUUUCAUUACCAUCUUAAAUUCAUUCCUUGGAGGCCUGUUUAUCAGUAUCGUGUUGCAUUAAAAUAAGCUAUUAUUGUUCAUGUUCCACUGGAGCUUGCAAUGUGUUCCACUUAUUGGGAAUGAAACUAAAAUCCCAUGUUUAUAAUAAACUAUUUCUUUUUCCUCUAAUCAUUGUAUCAGAUCUGAAACAUUAAUUUUUGACAAUAUUGGCAAUGGAAUAUAUGAUCAGAGAACAGUCUGCAUUACAAACUUGCUUACUUCACAAAAAUGAACGGUAUUAGUGUCCAGUUAAGUUUUUCCCUCAAUUCUUUGAACCUUGAAAAAUCAUUUUAAAAAGGACUAAAUACCUCAAACUGCAGCAAUAUUUAGCAGUAAAUGGAUUCAGGAUCUAUAAUUAGCAAGUUACUCAAACAUGGCGCUCAGCAAAUUCUUCAACAGACAAGAAGAUUUUGUAGGAACAGCAGGCAAUUAAGAAUAUCCAUUGGUAAGUGUCUCUGGCCUCAGCUUGGCUUUUUCCUGCAAUACCUAAAGUAGCAACUCCACUUUACAAAUUGUCACCAGCUAUGAAAAAAUGUGAUAGCGAAUUUUUAAACUGUUUUUACAGCUUUUCCACUUGCACCUUAUUGGCAAUUGAGAUUUAUAUUCAUAGGAAUCCAAUAAACAUUUGAAUUGAUGUCAUUUAAUGAAUGUCAUAUCAGGAGAGAAAAAGAAAUGUCAAACUGCAUCAGUAAGUUUUAAGUCACAAAACAUGCUAUCCUUUUUAAAAGGGGAGAAAUAGAAAAUGCAUAGGCCUUGUUUUGUUUUCUAUUUAAUAAAAUGUGGCAUUUAAGAAAUCUUGCUUGUGAUCUAAUGUCAAUGCUAAAAUAACUGUACCAUAAUUUGUAACUCACUUGAAAACAGUUGGAGUCAUUCUUGACAACACUGUUUCUCAGCAUUCUCCCUUGCAUUGCUAAACUGGUUUAACAGGGAAGUACACUCUACACAAAGUGCCCCAUACCAUACAAGAGAAUGAUUCAGCAUUCAGUUUUCAUUCAGCCACCUGGUCACUACGAGUUUUAGUCAUUUGAAUGAUUUCCAUAGCCAAUUGCGAAAUCCUUCCAUAGUGUGAGAUGUGUUCAAACAAGAGUUUCCACCGUUACUAAGCAAGGCAUGAAGUUUCUAAUAUUUAAAAUUUCCACAUCACCAACUCGACCCCUACCUCGGCACAUCUGCUGCUGAAACCCUCAUUCAUACCUUUGUUACUUAUAGACUUAACCAUUCCAACCCACACUUGGCUGACCUCCAAUACUUUGCCAUUGGUAAACUUGAGCAGUACUUAGUUUAAAUAAGGACAUAAGUAACUUAUGUCCUGUUCACCCAUCUCUCCUGUGUAUGCUGACUUACUUUGGGGCCCAGGUGAGCAACAUCUCGAUUUAAAAAUUCUAAUCCUGUCAUAUUUUCCAUGUUCUCAACCGUUCCCAAAUCUCAGAUCUCCUCCAGCCCCAAAACUCUCCAAUAUAUGUGUGUUUCAAUUCUGGCCUUUUUCUGCAUCCCAAUGUCAAUUCCUCUAUCAAGCCUUAAAGUCUGGAAGACCUUGCCUAAGAUUCUAUGACAUUCUGUGAAAACCUAACUGUUUAUCCACGCUUUUAGCCAUCUUUCCUAAUAUCUUCUUCCAUGGCUCACUGUAACUCCUCUUUAAAACACUCUGGGACAUGCUAUUACAUUAACAACACGUUAUAAAUUGGGGACUGAAGUUCUGCUCCACUAACAUAAAUAUUUUCUGGGGGCAGGACUUUAUGCUACAACGUACAGUUUAUGUACUUUCAGAGGUUUCUCAGAGCUGUACUGGAGGAGCAAGAUACUUAUAGUCAUACACCAAUGAGCGUCAAUAAAGAGCUGGAUAAUAUUUAAAUGGAGGCGUGUUUCCCAGUUGACUCUUCCAAUGGUUUGAGCUGGGAAUUCACAGUCAUGGGACUACGCCUUUAAUAGAAGACACCCUGGAUUGGGCAGCCAUUGCAAUAGAGGCAUGCAGAAAGUUCUUGCUAAUCUUCUGUGUUCAACUGAUGGAGUGACCCUCUGUUUUGUUGCAUUUGUUGUUUCAACUGGUGUUUUAAUCUAAUUUUUUUAAAAACUUUUUUGUCUCUUACUACUUUCAAUUCAAGGGAAUUUUACCACAAUAUUCAAAAGUCAAAACUGAUGGCUAGUUCUUUUAAAAUUUCUCUUGCCCUCAAAAACUAGAAGACAGUUUGCAUUUUCAGAGGAUCAAUUUGCUUUACAUAAGAGAAAUUGCCCAGACUCACCGACCGCAUACGUACUCGAGUAGUGCAGCCUGAGCACCUUGAGAAUUUCAAUAAAGAUGUGCAUUUUCCCUGUGUCUUUGGCCAGGCAGGCACUUCUGCAUCUUUAGAAUUAUGCUUUCAAAGUAUUGUCUGGUUGCAUGGUCAUUAUUGGUGCUCAUGCAUAAUGACCAUCUGGUGCAGAGUUGUACCCCAAUUUGGUUUCGGUAAAUGACUGAGAAUUUUGCAGUUUUGUUUAUUCCUAAAACAAGAUGCCUGACCUUGAAAAAUGAGAGUCUGACAGUAUUUUUGAUUCUACUCUAUCUACAAGUUACAGGUAUGCAUGAAAUGCAACCAAAAGUGACCUGUAAAGUUAUGUAAGAGCUUUGUUGGGUGAGGCAUUUGUGUGAAAACUGUGAAAUGCUUUGCAGCAAGGAAUCUUUGGGACAUGCACAACUUGUAUAAUCGCUGUUAAGUAUUUCUAUCAGUUGCGUUUGUUGUAUUCAACAUGCUUACCACCAAAUUAGUAUGCUGCUAUUCUCUGGAAGUGGUGCCUUUCAGCAUGAAAUUGGAGACCUUUGUGCAACUACACGCCUAGUUUAGACAUCUGUUAAACAGGGAGGGAAAAAUGUCAAGUGCCCCAGUAUGUUCACAGAACCUUAUUUGUAACAUCAAAUCUUUCUUUUCUUAUUUUCUAUCCGAUCCUUCUCCUUUCAUCAGUCGUGGCAAGGCUUGAAAAAUAUUUGACCUUCACCAAAAUAACUAGUUGUCUCACUAUCCAGGCAUUCACUUUAAAAGCACACAUCUUUUUAUAAUGUGGAGUUGCCGAUUGCAUUGUCCCAUUGGUUUAACUCCUGACAGAAAGCUAAGCCACCUUGGCAGCAAUGAAUAGUUAUUGAAAUAUACCAGUGAGAAAUAAAUUCAAUGCAGUCAGUUAGCUGCUGCAUUGCACGUGUAGAUCCAGGAAUGCAGCAUAAAAAGCUGAAACCCGAUGAAGACAAGUUCCACAUGCAAUUCUUGGUUCCAGAUUGCCCAAUAGCAAUCAUAAGUCAAGUUGCUAAAAGUAUAUUAGUAUAAACAUUAUUGUAUUUAGAACUAUGGAGACAUUUUUAGAAUAUACUUCCCUUUAAUUAAUUGGUAAUCUAGAGCUCGGAAUGAAAAACAUGAUGAUGUUAAAAACACAAAAAUUAUAACGUUAAAACUAACAAGUCACUUUUAAUCCAGUAGGAGCAUAUACCAGAAAUGUGAGAUAGAUCUGCACAAAAUUUCAAAAUGGACUCUUAGCGGGUAAGACUGCAAACUGACAGUGUGUAAUUGGAAAACUACCCUUUCAAGGGUUUGAACCUGUAAAAUUACUUUUUUUUUACUUAACCAGACAGAAUUUAUCUAAGCUAACAAAGAUGAUGAAUAAAGCUUAACAAACCUUACCCUUUUAUGUAUGCAAUGUAAACAAAAUGUUGGUAAAGUGUUCGGUGCAGUACCUAUAUGUUUGUUAUGGCUUUUAUAAAUGUCAUGAAUCAAUACAUAAAUCAUUAAUAUAUCUUCUAAAUGAAAUUGUGCAGAAAACAAAACCCAGAACUGUUAAAAUGAAAUUGUGCUACUAUGUGAAACAAAUAAACAGUGGCAUGGACAUACUUUA